CUGACGAAGGCUCGCGAGGCUGUGAGCAGCCACAGUGCCCUGCUCAGAAGCCCCAAGCUCGUCAGUCAAGCUGGUUCUCCAUUUACACUCAGGAGCACGGGCAGGCGAGCGGCCCCUAGUUCUGGGAGCAGAGCGGCAGCAUCCCAGUCCUAGCUCUCAGCCUAAAGCCUCGCCUGCCUGCCCAGUGCAAGGAUGGCCACCAUCACCUGCACCCGAUUCACAGAAGAGUACCAGCUCUUUGAAGAACUAGGAAAGGGAGCUUUCUCCGUGGUGCGCAGGUGUGUGAAGGUGCUGGCUGGCCAGGAGUAUGCUGCCAAGAUUAUCAAUACCAAGAAGCUCUCGGCCAGAGAUCACCAGAAGCUGGAGCGUGAGGCCCGCAUCUGCCGCUUGUUGAAGCACCCCAAUAUCGUCCGGCUCCAUGACAGCAUCUCCGAAGAGGGACACCACUACCUUAUCUUCGAUCUGGUCACUGGUGGGGAGCUGUUUGAGGACAUCGUGGCCCGGGAGUAUUACAGCGAGGCCGAUGCCAGUCACUGUAUCCAGCAGAUCCUGGAGGCUGUGCUGCACUGUCACCAGAUGGGGGUGGUGCACCGAGACCUGAAGCCUGAGAAUCUGUUGCUGGCCUCGAAGCUCAAGGGUGCUGCCGUGAAGCUGGCCGACUUUGGCCUGGCCAUAGAGGUUGAGGGGGAACAGCAGGCGUGGUUUGGGUUCGCAGGGACACCUGGAUACCUCUCCCCAGAAGUGCUGCGGAAGGACCCGUACGGGAAGCCUGUGGACCUGUGGGCCUGUGGGGUCAUCCUGUACAUCUUGCUGGUUGGGUACCCCCCGUUCUGGGACGAGGACCAGCACCGCCUGUACCAGCAGAUCAAAGCUGGUGCCUAUGAUUUCCCAUCGCCGGAAUGGGACACCGUCACCCCCGAAGCCAAGGAUCUCAUCAAUAAGAUGCUGACCAUCAACCCGUCCAAACGCAUCACGGCCGCUGAGGCUCUCAAGCAUCCCUGGAUCUCGCACCGCUCCACUGUGGCCUCCUGCAUGCACAGACAGGAGACCGUGGACUGCCUGAAGAAGUUCAAUGCCCGGAGGAAACUGAAGGGAGCCAUCCUCACCACUAUGCUGGCCACCAGGAACUUCUCCGGAGGGAAGAGCGGAGGGAACAAGAAGAAUGAUGGUGUAAAGAAAAGAAAGUCCAGUUCCAGCGUUCAGUUAAUGGAGUCUUCCGAGAGCACCAACACCACCAUCGAGGAUGAAGACACCAAAGUGCGCAAACAGGAAAUUAUCAAAGUGACAGAGCAGCUGAUUGAAGCCAUAAGCAAUGGAGAUUUUGAGUCCUACACGAAGAUGUGUGACCCUGGAAUGACAGCCUUCGAACCUGAGGCCCUGGGGAACCUGGUCGAGGGCCUGGACUUUCAUCGAUUCUAUUUUGAAAACCUGUGGUCCCGGAACAGCAAGCCCGUGCACACCACCAUCCUGAACCCCCACAUCCACCUGAUGGGUGACGAGUCAGCGUGCAUCGCCUACAUCCGCAUCACGCAGUACCUGGAUGCCGGUGGCAUCCCCCGCACGGCCCAGUCAGAGGAGACCCGUGUUUGGCACCGCAGAGAUGGCAAAUGGCAGAUUGUCCACUUCCACAGAUCCGGGGCACCCUCCGUCCUGCCCCAUUGAAGGACCAGGCCGGGGUCCCUGCGUUGUCGCAUCGCAGAGAUCCAGUCUUUGUCCGUGGAAUGUGGCUGCUGGUCCUCUCUUGGAUUUUGUUGGAAUUCUCCUUGUCAUAUCACCCUAUUGUCACCUCCUGCACCCGCAUCAUGAAAAUCCGCUCCUUCACAAAAGCCAUCACAGCAUCAAAGCAAAUGGCCAGCUCUUCCCGGCUCCGCCUCUCCCUCUCCCGCUCCAGUGGGGACCUUCUUCGGGCUGUUGUUGGCUUGGCCUAGCUUUGGCUGUAGGUGAGGAGGCCUGUGUGUUUACUGGGAAGGGAGGAAGAAGAAGGCAAGUGUGCCCCCUAUCUUCGAUCCCUCCUCUUCUGGGGUCCCCAGGGAAGCACGGAUGAGCCCCUCAAUUUCCAAGCCAACUCUUUAUGGGGGAGAGUAAGAGAGGAGCCAACGCCAGGAGCCCCUGCCUAGAACUGCUGUCCUCAUCUAUACUGGCCCUGCGUUGACCAGCCCAUCCGCUGUGGGGGAGGGGGUAGGCCCUCCCCCUUCAGGCGCCCCCCUGACUGGCUCAGCCCUUCUGUGAAGAUCGCCUCCAGCGUUCCCCUUCCCAUUCUGCCCUCCAAACGUCCUUGGAGAAUUCCAGCUUCUUCGGUCUGAGAGGAAAUUCGAUGGUGUUUCAGGGGCAAAGCAAGCAAGCAACAUUUAGGUAUCCCUUCUACUUGGACGCAUGCCUUUUUACAGCCAAACUUCUGUGUAUUUCGUAAAUGGAUUUCGCGUUAAUGGAUAUUUAUGUAUAACUAGACCUCAAGAGUUGGAUCGGGUUGGGAAGUGGGUAGGAAGAGGGGUGAGGGGAAGUUUUUACUCUGUUCCAGAUUUUUUGGGGGUGGGGUGGUGGGAGAUUCCUUUCUGAGGUGGCCUCACCCCCCAGGGAGCACAGUUUCCUUCCAUUCUGGUCCCCGUGGUCAGCUGACAGGAUUUCUCCCAGGGCCAGCAUGACUAACUUACAGCGAGUGAGUCAGGGCUGGGGAGGUCACCAGGAUGGGAAGAUCAGACUUGACAUGUCUGGAACUGGAGUCCUCACUACUGAGCUUCCCAGGAAGUCUUUCCCUGUAUCUUUGUGCCAUCCCCUCACCCCAUCCCUCACUACCUCCUGAGCACGCACCCUCAUUGCUUCUCUUAACUUGGACGAAACAGAGCACCAGAAACUUAUUUUCCUACUUCACGCUGAACUUGGGCGGGCCCUAGUGCGCCCGCCCGCCUGCCCUCCCUCCCUCCCCCCCCUCCCUCCCUCCUUCUCUUCUCUCCCUUCCUUUUUCUUCCUCUCUCUCCCUCUUCUUGGCUCUGAUAUGGAAUGCUGUGUCUCGUCCAUGGGGAUCUCCUGUCUGCACUGUCUUCUUUGCAUGACUUUAUAUGCAGUAAGUAUGUUGAAAAAACAAAAACAAAAACAAAAAAAAAAAAGAAGAAAAA